AUGGCGGAACAACUGCAACAAAUGCAGGCGAUGAUGACUCAAAUGCUUGAGGCUCAAAAGAAUUAUUAUGAGAAAAAGCUAGCUGAGAAAUCGACAAAGCGACAGAAGACCACGUUUGAGAAAGUUCCAGAGCUCAAGAAAAAGGAGGACUUCUUGACAUGGCGUGACAAGUUGCUCACCACAAUUGCGGAUAUCAACGUGUGGACCUUGUUGCGAGGACAAGGCUGGAAGGUUACCGACCAGGAUCCGAAAUCGACAUUUGACCAUCUGACACAGCACUUCGAUAAGUACACCCACAAAGCGACAUACGACAUUGCACGAGAGUUUUUCAAUAUCAGGCGUGGCGACUAUGACAAGUUCACCACAUUUCAGAUUCGGCUCAACUAUCUGUAUCAGCGGAUAAAUGAGACUGAUUACAAGAUGCAAGAGUCAGCGGCAACCUUGAACGCCAUCCAGGCGAUUUCCGACGCCUACCCGGAUCUGUAUACCAGGUCGAUGACGAAUCUUCGAAACAACAAGUUGUCGUGGGCGGAUUUGAUGCUGGAAUUCAACGAACUGGCAUCCCAGGAGGCGACCCAGCCGGCAUUGAGCAACGUCAAAUACGGCAAGGAUAAGACGAAGAGGGCAGAAGGAGAUGCCACAUCGUCGUCGUCAAACACUCGGUCGACUUCGAUGACCAACAAGAAUAACGAGAGACAGAACUCCUGGAAGUCGAAAAACCAGAGGGUUGACUGCAAGGAAUGCGACAAGGACAUUUACACUGGACAGGAGCAUUGCGGAGGCUGUGGCUUCCACUACCCGAAGGCAUCAAUCUGCUGGUGGUGCAAUCCGGAACAGGCCCCGGAAAACUGGCCGAAGAGAGACAGUGCCCUCAAGGCGAAGGCAACGAAAACCUCCUCGUCGACAUCGACAUCAUUGACUAAAUCGUCGUCGGCAUCUUCGUCGACAACGGGCCCUCUUCAUCAACAGUCUGGAAGCCUCAUGAUGGAGUUGUACGAUUAUCGAGGCGUACCAGCUGUCAGAGAUGCACUGCCGACCUCAACCAACAGAGGAAACCAACCGAAACCAGAGAUGGCGUCAGUCCCAUACCGCAAGAUGCACAGAAGGCUAAUGCAUGCCGGCAAAUCAGUUGUUGAAGAAGCAUGUCGGCGUGCAGGCAUCGAAUUGACCGCCAAACAAGAUCACUUUUGCGAAGGCUGUACAAUGGGAAAGAUGACGGACGAACUGGGCAAAUCAGCCCCCAUCCAAGGCGAUAAUCCACUUGACUUCAUUCGUGUCGACACGGUUACUCAUGAAAAACCGGGAGCGUUGGGAUAUAAAUACAGCGUUCACAUCAUUGACAUCGACACGAACUUCCACUGGGUCAAAUACACCAGCACAAAGGGUCAGAUCUUCGACCUGUUGAAGGACUGGGUGGUCAUGGUUCACACCCAGACAGGUGUCAGUUGGGUGAAGAUGAUCGGCAUUGAUGGCGGCACCGAAUUCGGACAAUCGCCUAUUCCAUUCGUUGACGAUAAGUUCAAGAGGUGGGCGAGGGAGAAAGGCAUUGUGGUCCUUCAGACCCCUCCACACACGCCGUGGAUGAACGGCAAAGUUGAACGCGCGGCGAGGGAGGUUCUGGAUAAGACGCGCGCGACGAUGAUUGCGUAUCAGAUUCCAGAACACCUCUGGACCUUCGUGAUGGAAUCAGUCGUUCAAGUCAAAAACGUACUGCCCUACGAAUGCGAAUACGGGCAACAGGUGCCCACAAGAGGCCUUUGCGAAAGACCGGGAAGAUCAUUCGCGCCAGCGCAGUCAAGUUCAACGAACGGCCCAGACUUUGUUCCUGACGAAGAUGUCGGAACGGAUGUCGAAUACGAAGCAGUUUUUACCGACACGACAACGCAAGAAGAAGAAGAAGCGGUCGUGGAAAAACAAGACUGGGUGACAAUUACCCAUCCGGAUCAAACAACAACAACAACGAUUAGCCUUCAGGGGGGGGAUUCCACUGCGACAGAAAAUGAACUGCCCGCAAUCGAGAACGAACCUCAACAGAGCGACGAAACAACGGAAAUGCAGAAAGAAAAACAUGUCGCUCAAUUACCGACUCCAGAGGCCACUCCAGAACCAACGCUUGAUGCGGAGGAUCGCAUGGAGAUUGGGAGAGAUCUUCCAGUGCCAAUUAACCAUCUGUCGCCAGGAAUUGGCAAUUUGGUGACCGACGAACCCGGAACAGUGGCACCGACUACGUUGUCGACCCGCCCGCGGCGCCAAAAGGCUAAAUACGGUACCGGCACAGAGGAAGGUUAUUAUGCUAAAUUGAGCAGGGGUGAAUUGCCGGGACAGUCGUUUUAUGCGGCGCACCUGGAUAUCCCUGAACCCGACGAACCAACAAUUGGCAUGGCGCUUUCAAGUGUGAAGGUCGAGAACGACAUUGCGCAAUACCUGCAACCCCAAAUACCGAAGAACCAUCGACAGGCGAAACGCCUUGAGAACUACAAGGAUUACUGGCUCAAGGCGAUUGAAGACGUUUUUGCCGCCGUCGUCAACAGCGUUUCACGUUUCUUGAACACGCCGAUUCCGAAGGGCAUCGACUAUUACGUUGAGCCCCCAGAAGGUUUGGACAUUCCGCCUGACAUGGUUUGCAGGUUGAGAAAGGCACUUUACGGCCUGCGGAAAAGUCCACAAUACUGGUUCAACACGGUCAAACCUUUACUCGAAGAAAGAGGCUUCAAGGCACUCGAAACAGAUGCCUGUUUGUUUCGACACAAACGCUACGACAUUCUUCUGGUGCUUUACGUCGACGAUCUUUUGAUUGCGGCGCCCUCGACCGCCAUGAUCCACACGGUCCGCGACGAAAUUAUCAAGCAGUUCGAAUUGAAAGAACUCGGCCCGGUGAAACGGUUCCUGGGCUUCGACAUCGUCCGCGAUCGCAAACAAAAGAAGAUCUUCGUAUCACAAGAAAGCUACACACGGGCAUUACUGGCAAAGAGAGAAAUGUCAGACUGCCAUCCGACGCCAACACCGUGGCCCAGUAAAAUGGAAUUGCCGGCGACAUGGGAACCAGUGAUGAAACGCCAGAAGGCGUAUAUCAAAGAUACCGGCUCCCUCAAUUGGCUUGCGUGUGGUACAAGACCCGACAUCGCGUAUACCGUUUCGAGGCUGGCGGAGGCCAACGCUGGCCCAUCACAAGCGCACCUGGACCUACUUAAGCAUGUGUUUCGAUAUCUGAAAGGCACAACGGAUCUCGGCAUUGAGUUCGGCGGCGACGAAAUUAGCUGCGACGACAUGCGAAUGAUGGCGUUUGCGGAUGCAUCGCUAGCCGACCGACUACCAUCACGACAAUCGACAGGAGGCCAUUCGGUCUUCCUUGCCGGGGCACCAGUACUCUGGAAGUCAAAGAAACAAACCUUCGUCGCAUUGAGUACGACGGAAGCCGAAUUUACCAACUUGACACCCACCGCAUUGUCGACAAUGUGGGUGUCGCAGAUCUUGAAGGACUGUGGCAUUCCACAGAAGAUACCGACAGUGAUUUUUACAGACAGCAACAACGCGUACAGAACGGUACUUAACCCGAUGAACAGAGCGCGCACACGGACGAUUGAUAUCAACUACAAGUGGAUAAUUGAGAAGGUUCAGAAAGGAGAGUUGAGUGUCAACCAUUUGCCCGGGGCACAGAUGCCAGCCGACGGUUUGACAAAGCCGUUAUCGAAGGAGAAACACGCGGCAUUUGUGGGGAUGAUGGGCAUGAGAGCGAAGAAGAUUCCGUGGGCGAAGUAA